CCCUUCCUUUUCUUUUUUCGCUUAAAAACUUUUGAACUAUUCAGCUCAGCAUUUCAGCUUGUGUGUAACAACUAAAACAUUUUUUUUUUCUGAGAGAGUACAUUUUCUAGCUUUCGACUGAGGUUUAUUAAUUCCAUCUUCUAAAAAAGAAACCACUUUGUUUUCUCUUAGGCAUUUCCUGACUCAAUCAACAUUCAACUUUUUGUUUUUUAAUUUCUUUUUGCUGCUUAAUUUUGAUCUGGGUCUUUCCUCAACUGGGUUUCUCUUGUUUUAGCUUUGUCUUUCUUCUGUUUUUUGAAUUGGGGUUUUGGUUAUUAACAUUACUAAAUUUGGGUUGUUUUAGCUUUUCUGGGUUUUUGAUGUUAUGAGAAAUUGUUAGGGUUAGAAGAAGAGAGAAGAUGGGAUUAGGCUCUGAGGAUGGAAAGGUGAAGUCUUGGGAUAUGUGCAAAUCAAAGGGAAGGAAGAAGAAGAAGAAAAACAGUGAAAAAGAAGAUCUUGAUGAUGAAGCUGUGGCGGAAGAAACAGGGUGUUGGGUUAAAUUAAGGUUUAUUGGAAGCUGCAUUUUUUCAAGAUCCAAAGUUGACAGUUCUGUUAGUGGAACCAGUACCCAUUAUGAUAGCAAAUCUGCGAAUGAUACCAGUAGAGAUCACCCGGCAGCUCCGGUUGUCUCAUCUACAACCACUAGCAAUGCAGAAAGUAGUUCAUCUACUUCCAAACUCGAAGAGGAGCUUAAAGUUGCAUCUCGGUUACGGAAGUUUACAUUUAAUGAUCUAAAGUUGGCAACAAGGAACUUCAGACCAGAGAGUCUCCUUGGUGAAGGUGGUUUUGGUUGUGUCUUCAAGGGGUGGGUUGAAGAAAAUGGAACUGCUCCAGUAAAACCCGGCACUGGGCUUACUGUUGCUGUUAAAACACUCAACCAUGAUGGCCUCCAGGGUCAUAAAGAAUGGCUGGCCGAAGUGAAUUAUCUUGGUGAUCUCAUCCAUCCUAACUUGGUUAAACUUAUUGGUUAUUGCAUUGAAGAUGAUCAGAGACUGCUAGUGUAUGAGUUUAUGCCUCGAGGAAGCUUGGAAAACCAUCUCUUCAGAAGAUCCUUGCCUCUUCCAUGGUCCAUAAGGAUGAAAAUUGCACUAGGUGCUGCAAAAGGUCUGGCAUUUCUUCAUGAAGAGGCAGAAAGGCCAGUAAUAUAUCGCGAUUUCAAAACCUCUAAUAUCCUACUAGAUGCAGACUAUAAUGCAAAGCUUUCUGAUUUUGGACUUGCUAAAGAUGGUCCUGAGGGAGAUAAAACCCAUGUUUCAACCCGUGUGAUGGGAACAUAUGGCUAUGCAGCCCCGGAAUACGUAAUGACUGGACAUCUUACAUCAAGAAGUGAUGUCUACAGUUUUGGUGUGGUUCUACUUGAAAUGUUGACUGGUAGAAGAUCCAUGGACAAAAACAGACCUAACGGAGAACAUAAUCUUGUGGAAUGGGCUCGGCCUCAUCUAGGAGAGAGAAGAAGAUUCUAUAGAUUGAUCGAUCCUAGGUUGGAAGGUCACUUUUCAAUUAAAGGUGCUCAGAAAGCUGCACAGCUUGCUGCUCACUGUCUUAGCCGUGAUCCAAAAGCUAGACCUUUGAUGAGUGAGGUGGUGGAAGCCUUGAAGCCUCUACCGAACCUCAAGGACAUGGCAAGCUCAUCAUAUUAUUUCCAGAUAAUGCAAGCGGAACGUUUAGGGUCCAGCCCAAAUGCUAGAAAUGGUUUCCGAACUCAAGCUGGAUCACUUUCAAGGAAUGGGCACAGGAGCCUUUCUAUUCCAAACGGUUCCCAUACUUCUCCCUAUCACCAUCACUAUUCCUAUCAAUCACCAAAACCCAAGGGUAAACAUUAAUGUUGGGUAGUUAACUUGUUCUUUUCGCAUCCUCUUCUCAUCAUUUAUUUCUUUCUCCCCUUUUUUUUUCUCCGUAUAGAUGUAUUCUGUGAAAGCAUUUAUUCUCAGACAAUGGAAAAAAGCAGCAGAGAGACAUGAUUGCUUUAUGUUGUGUUUAGGAUGGUAGCCUAAAUUCAGGAUAGUUAGGGCAGGUGAAGCUUAUGAAGCAAAAUGCCAUGUUAAUCAUCUGUUGCUUUAAUCUAUCUGGAAAAAAAUAUUAAAGAUUAGCUUCUCUUCUGUCCUUGGAAAAAAAUGGAAAUAUAUUUACUGAGGAGUAUACUACAAAUAGUUGUGAAGGUCAUUAUUUUCUAAUUAUAAUCAAAGAAAAAGUCUCUUAGUGGCCCAAUAUGCUUGUGAAUUGUAAUAAUGGUGAGUUCCAUUAUCAAUGACCCCAUUCCCACGCACUCUAGCAAUGUCCUUGUCCAUGAUUCUUCUUCUGAAGAAUCAUACCCAACGGGCUUUUGUCAGUUCUUACAAUGUAAAAAGGUGAAGAGACAAUAAUAAUAGAAAGGAUAAUCACGCUGCUUGCUGAAUAAUAUAAUGAAAAUAAUGAAAUGGAGGAGAAAGGUAACGUGUCUGGCUAAUAUCCAACUAAAUUCAGGCCGAACUGGCCUAAUGUGAACGCCAACACUGGGAGUUGGGACCAUAAGAAAAGCCCACUCCAAUGACCAAGAAGUGGCUGUCCCGUCAAUGACAUGUCCAAAUCUUGCAAGCACAAGGCACGUGAAACACAUUGGGAGAUUUUAUAGGGCCUUGAUGUUGGAGGAAACCGAGGGCCCAUCUUUUCGCUUGCUGAGACGCUGAGCAACAACUAUAAUUUCCGCUGACUUUCUCUAUAAAUAUGAACGACAAGGCGAAAUAUCUUUUAUACUGAACUGACAACGAAAAAGAGACUUUUCGCCCCUUUAUCCUAUUAUAUCCCAUUGUUUCGUCGCAGAUUCUUCUUAUAUAUCGUCGUCUUUCUUCGAUAUUGCUUAGUUUUACUUUUACUGUAACUAUUACUCAUAAAGCAUUCGACUUCGUGUCUUGCGAGCAAAAGCACACCGUCUUUUCGCGAAAUUUUUUUCUCUUCCAAUUUCGAAUUUGCUUCUCUCGAUCUUGAAUUUUCUUUUAGGUAAGCCUAUGUCUUUGAUAUUUUUGUUCUUUUAAGAGAUGCAAUUCUUGUAAUUAUAGCUGCAAUUUUCUUCUUUUACUUUUUCUCUUUUUCGUUUCCUCUGUGAUAUCGCUGGCUUACUAUUGUUUGCUUUGCUUCUGCAAAAUCACGAAACAGCGGGGAAAAUUAAGGUUUAAUCUCUUUUUUUUUUUUCAGAAUUGCUUGGAAGUUGACUUGGUUUUUGAGUUUUCUGGCAGUAACUGUAAACGAAAUCACUUUUUCGUUAUUUCAAUAUGGAUUUGUUUUUGUCAUAUAUUUUGACAUAGUUGUCCUCUUUUUUUAGCCUGGUAGGCAGACCUGGCAACACGACACUAAUGGCAGCAUAUGAAAAUGAUACGAAUAAUACAAGACACGGUUAAAAAUUUUAGUAAAAAGAUGUAUUUGAUGUUUUCAUGUCAACAAGAAUUAUAACAUAUAAUUUUCGUGUAAAAUGUGACACGAAUAUAUGAAUUAUCAGUAUCUUACAGAAUGCGCAAAUUAUCUACUUGUGGGCUUGUAGCCUUGUCCUAUGGGAUCUUCUUUGAUUGUUUAAAAAUUAAAGGUAGUAGGCUGUAGCUCUCACUUCUCAUACCGCAGCUGUAUUAAACAAAUUAAGUUCACGAAACACAACUGUUGCUGACUAUUUUUAGCAUUUGAAAACGAUUUGUUAAUUGUUAUGCUGUUAUUUGUUGCUUGGCUUAUCUGCAUCCUUAGUUAUAGUGAUAUUCAAACUGAUUAGUUCAAUGAAAGAGCUGAAUUGUUUUUCCUUGAUAGUUGUAUAUAAAUUAGAGAACGCGUCACCUUCAAGGUAGAAAGUACAAAGAAAAUUUCUUUCUUUUGUUCUUUUCUAUUAAAUUUUAUCUUUUUGGACUUAUUGAUGCUCUUUGGAAUAUUAAAGCCUCAACUAUAACCGGUAACAACUGUCUUAACAUUGGUGUUAGUGAUUUUUUAUUAUGUUGGACGUGAAAGGUUAGUAUGAGCUUUUGCUGCCAUGUCUUUGUUGAGUAUUUAAAGGAUAUAUUGGAAUAGCUUAUUCAGUUUUCUAUGAAUUGGACAUCAAAAUGUUUGUAAAAGAAAGACAGAUUUGUUGUUUAUUUUUUAUAUGAAUUUAAUGUAUUAAUUGAAGUCUGUGUAUGUGUAUUGAUUUUGGAAUAAUUGAUUU